AUGCAACCUACCCUGACCAGCCUUUUCCACGGCAGUGCAGGGGGUGAAGCCUCCCCCGUGGAGGCUGCACCCCUUGCCCGGUCGGGAAAGCUCGUCAGGGCGGGUUGGGGACCGACGCGGAUCCCCAGCCUGUUCCCGCAUUGGUUCCCGAAUUGGACGAGUGGGUCGGAACUAAAUGAAACGCGGGAGGCUCUUUUAACCCCUUCCUCCGACUACGAUGAUGAGGAGUUCCUGCGAUAUCUCUGGAAGGAGUAUUUGCAUCCCAAGGAAUAUGAAUGGGCGCUGAUCGCCGGCUACAUCGUCGUAUUCAUUGUGGCUCUCGUUGGGAACGUCUUGGUUUGCCUUGCAGUGUGGAAGAAUCAUCACAUGCGGACCGUUACCAACUAUUUCAUAGUGAAUCUUUCUCUGGCUGACAUUCUGGUCACAAUUACUUGUCUUCCAGCAACUUUAGUUGUGGACAUCACAGAAACGUGGUUCUUUGGGCAGACCCUCUGUAAAGUCAUUCCCUACUUACAGACAGUUUCAGUCUCUGUGUCUGUCCUAACACUCAGCUGCAUUGCUUUGGAUCGAUGGUAUGCAAUUUGUCACCCUUUGAUGUUUAAAAGCACAGCCAAGCGAGCAAGGAACAGCAUUAUAAUUAUCUGGAUUGUGUCUUGCAUCAUAAUGAUUCCUCAGGCUAUUGUUAUGAAGUGCAGCAGUGUGUUCCCAGGAUUAGCCAAUAAAACCACCUUGUUCACAGUGUGUGAUGAGCACUGGGGAGCUGAGGUUUAUCCCAAAAUGUAUCACACAUGCUUUUUUCUGGUAACGUACAUGGCCCCACUGUGUCUUAUGGUGUUGGCCUAUUUGCAAAUAUUCCGAAAGCUGUGGUGUCGCCAGAUCCCAGGAACUUCUUCUGUUGUUCAGAAGAAAUGGAAGCCUCAGCAGCCUUCAGCACAGCCCCGAGCGCUGGGACAAUCAACAAAGUCAAAGAUUAGUGCUGUGGCAGCUGAAAUAAAACAGAUUCGUGCAAGAAGGAAAACAGCUCGUAUGCUAAUGGUCGUCCUUCUAGUUUUUGCACUUUGCUACCUACCAAUUAGCAUCCUCAAUGUCUUGAAAAGGGUUUUGGGGAUGUUUAAUCAUGCUGAUGACAGAGAAACUGUAUACGCCUGGUUCACAUUCUCACACUGGCUUGUAUACGCAAACAGUGCAGCCAAUCCUAUUAUUUAUAACUUCCUCAGUGGGAAAUUUAGAGAAGAAUUUAAAGCAGCAUUUUCCUGUUGCAUCUUUGGCAUUCGCAGCCACCAUGACGAACGGUUCAACAGAGGUCGUGCCAGUACAGAGAGUCGGAAAUCCUUGACCACCCAGAUCAGCAAUUUUGAUAACGUUUCAAAACUUUCAGAACACGUUGUAUUGACCAACAUAAACACAAUUCCAUCAAAUGAUAUUCCAGCUAUGCUCAGCCCAUUGAAGUCAGCAGAACUGCAUCUCCACAUACCUGGGAUGAAUGUGACUUCAAAUAUAGAUGAAGCCAUGAGGGUUUCUACAGAAGACACUGUCAAACCAGAGAAUGCAGAGUGGGAUAAAUUUGUCCCUAGCAUAACUAAACUUACUUCAAUGGAGUUACAGCAAGGAUGA